AUGGGCGCCUCGACUAAAGGGCGCUUUGCGUUGAGGGCUGGCGGCGGCGUGCUGUCCACGGCACAGCACACAGGAGAGGCUCGUGCGGAGGCGCGCCCUGAGCUGUCCUGGCGUCUGUGCCACGCGCAGCUGCCCCGAUCAGGCCAUGGGGCGGCGCACUCCCCGGCAGCGGCAUGGGGGUCUGCGCAGGGGCAGCGGCGUUGUUGGGGUCGGGCGGCGGCGGCGCCUGCAGCAGCCGCGUCUCUGACCGUGAUCCAGCCGCGCCAAUGGCUGGCCGGCCAGGGCACCUCAGACCAGCCCAACACAGUGCUGCCUCUGAUGUUAGCAUUGCAGCCGGCGACGCCGCGGUUCCUGAACCCCACCGGCGGGGCCGCCGCCUCAAGGCGCAAGCCAGAUCGCUCCAACCAUCAGCAGCGGCGCGCCGACCGGCAACCAGCACGCGCAGGGGUGGCCACGGACGAGGGCACGCCCGUUGACCGCGAGCAGGCACGGCCUGGCACGUCGCCGCGCAGCACGGCGGGGCCGGCGGCGAUGCUGGGGGCGGCUGUCGAAAACGCGAAGCUGGUGGUGGCCGGGGCCCUCAGCGCCGCCGUGUCGCGGACCGCCGUGGCCCCCUUAGAGCGG